GAUGCGUGUCAUGUGACAGGUCUGCGUGAGAAAUGCCAACAUGGAACCGUGGCAAGGACGAUGUUCUUCCCAACAAUAACAUUGAAAGGGACAUCUGGAUUCAUCCUAUGUCAUACAUCCACAAUCCGGACAUUUCGAUCCAUAUUUACACGAGUGUUUACAAAUCGUGGCAAUACCUUCAGCCUUCCUCUGAUCUGCACACCAACAAAUGGUCUCCAUAAGUGACAAAGCGGUGGCCGCUGCUAAUGAAUCGUUUGCGGACCAUGCCUUGGCCACCUUGCCCUUCGUGGACGUUUUUGGCAGCGAGAGCAGCGAGAGGGGCAGCUCCAUCUCAUGCUCCAGUCCCGAAACUGGAGAUGCUGGAGCUCAACUCAGCUACAGUCCAGGGCAGGAAGACGAGGACGAUGGGCCGCUGCAGAUCUUUUUAGACUCCACUGAGGAGAUGUUGACUCAGCCGUCCAAGCUGCUUGAUUUUAUACCCCAGCUCUCCAGCACCUUCUCUCCAACCCUGGAGGACAUUGAGGAGUUCUUGCUGGAGAAGAUGGAGCUUCUGAGUGAUGCUCCUCUGAGUCCGGAGGAAGAGUCAAAGGAGGAUGAGCCUCCCAUACAGCCGUCUUCCCCCGGUGACGCAGAGCCGAAAUCCAGCCCGACCACAACGCCUCCUGCCGCUCAGAGCAUUAACACCGCGGCUAGUGCUGCGUCAGUGCUCGUCGGUGCUCCAUUUGUGCUUCAAUUACAACCUCUCCAGCUAAGCCACGCCCUCCCACAGCAAGACGCCCAAUCGGGUGUGGCCAACGGGCUCCGGGUGGCCCACCUGGUGCUCGGUGUCCAAGGGGCACAGAACAUUACCCUUCUUUCACCGCAGGUGCCCUCAGCAACUCUCCUCCCCAUUUUGGGCGAGGCCGUCAACCAAGACCAAAAGUAUGUGAAGAUCGCUCCCCUGCCUAUUGCCGUCAGGGCGGUCGGAAUCGCGGGCACAGGCCUGGUCAAAGCCAUCACCCCACGUCCAUCCAGGACCUCCACGGAAACCUUGCGGGUACAUAAAUGCUCUCACCCCGGGUGCGAGAAGAUGUACACCAAGAGCAGUCACCUGAAGGCUCAUUUCCGCAGACACACGGGAGAGAAACCCUACCUGUGCAGCUGGCCAGACUGUGGGUGGAGGUUCUCUCGCUCUGAUGAGCUGUCCCGCCAUCGGCGGUCUCACUCUGGAGUCAAGCCUUAUGAGUGCACAAUGUGCGACAAAAAGUUCGCCAGGAGCGAUCACCUGUCCAAACACACCAAGGUGCACCGGGGUCCUCGCGCCGGCAGACUGGUCAGGGCAAACGUCUGAUCCCCGGAUAAACCUGGAGUCUGAGAGGGAAAGCUAUGAUAUCUAAACGGGCUCACAAGCUGCAACCCUCCGCCUUCAUUUUUGUCUCUCUUUCCUCCCCCAUUUUUUUUUAUCGUUUAUCCAGAUAUUUGUUUAUCUUGGUGCUACAGUCAGCUAACUUGAACCUCAGGGAUGUGAUUGUUAAGCUUAAAGCAGAUUUCUGGCUUUUUUGGUGGGCUGAAGUAAAGCUCACAGUCGAUUUGAUCACGUUUCGUCCUUCGCUGGUGUAAAGCUACAGGUUGAGCUGCAACAGCUUUCGAGAUCUGUUCUUAUUGCCUUUAAACCAAGGUUGCAGGAAGUCUGGAGAUCUAAAGAGCAAUACGGAGUAUAAUUUGAAGAAAUAUAUUUCCUGUACAGUUUGUGAAUAUUGUGUUAUAGAUCUAACCAGGUGAAAAUAUACGAGGAAAACAGUAUUUUGGUCAACUCUAGCACGUUAACUGAAGCAAGAAUGCUGCAGAAUUUCCCUUAAAUUAAGACAAUAUGCACUAUGAUUUAGGCUAUGAUAUUAUGCAUUAUCAAACAUGGCCUCUGCCAGGGUGAAUCUCAAGAAAAAUGCAAUAUUUAGUCAUAUUUUAUCCAAAAAUAUUAAGUAAAACAAAAAAGAAUGUUUUACUUGUAUGUUGCAUAAAAAUAAAUAUUUUUGUUGACUUUGUUUUUAUGACUGUUAAGUGUAUUUAAUUCUCAAUAUUAUCAGUAGCCAUGCAAAAACAUCUCAUUCUCAUUAUCAUUUAAAAAAUAAUAAUAAUUUAAUUACCAUAUUACUCAAAGAAAUAUAUAUUUAAUUUGUAAAGUACAAUUGUAAGUGUACACUAUGAAAGUAUUAGUUAUUAAAAUUUAUUUAUACAUAUUUCUGUUAUCAAAACAAAAAAUGAUAACUGUGUUACAGUCAUGAGAAUGAGUUUUUGCAGAAUAUUUGGGGUGGAAAUGCACUUAAUUGUCAUGAAAAUAAUGUCACAGUAUGAAAAAAAGUCAUUUUAUUUAAUUUAAUUAUUUUAUUUUGACAUUUCUGCAAGAGAUUCAUCUCUUUUAAAAGGAAUUCUUAUGUAAUGCAAAAUUAGGUCCGAUGCAGGUAUUUGUGACAUGUCACAGUGUUUUAAAACAUAUUUAAGUUUUAACAUUUUUACUUUAUUCAGAUGUUUUAGUCCCCGCCCCUCCCCCCUUGCGCAAACCCAAUCGCGUUGAAAUAUCUCAAAUUUUCUUGGCCCAAUCACAUCCCUGCGCCAGCUGAAAGGUAUUUAUGCAUCAAGUUGUUUUCCACGUUUUUUUUCUCGUGCCUCCUCUCUCUCAGUCUUUUGAGAGUGUAUGCCAAACUGGGCUCCACGGGGCUGUGGAUAACAUCACUACAUGUAUGGAUGAACUUAUGUACUGUAAAACAUAUAAGCUAGAAACAAUUUUCUCUUUGAUCUGUAAUCACACAAAGAGAAUUGUUUCCUUUGUCGUCGUAAUGUGCUUUGCAUUAGAUAAAUGCAUUUUUUCUACUUAGUGCCGUCACGGUUGAUAAGCUAAAUCGCUGAGGACAGGUAUUACUGUUCACAAAAACUGGCAGCUGAUCGCUUCCUGUCGAAAUGAAGCUAUCUGGACAUCAUUUUACCGAUACAUCAUUGAAGGCUUCAACUCCGUCACUAAUAGGACUGUGUUUGAGUUUCUUUUUUGAGAAGGUCAUGUUAAUCUACCACAUGGAGUGAAUUUCCUUGACAUCAUCUUGCCUUUUUACAUCUGGUCUUAACUACUUUGUGUUAUCCCCACCCCCAAAUGUACUUAGUAGCUCAUGUAGGCUUUCAUGAACUUUCAGGUGCUCUACAUACUUAGUAUCUGGACUUAUCAAUACUCUAACGUUUCUAGCAGUUUCUGAAUGAUCACGUAGGUACAUCAUUUUUAAUAUCGGGCAGAGAGCAUCCUGAUUUACAGUGUUUUUCGACUAGUACUGUCAUGUAAGAUCUUUUUCUUGUUCUCUCUUUUUUGAAGAGAGAUGUCUGUUUAUUGGGCUUUUAUAACAUUAUCAUCCUUCAUUUUUCUGCCACCACCUUCAUCCCAAUAAAAGCGUUAAAUUAUUUCCUUUACCUACAACAUCA